AUGACCGGCGGCUCCGCUCUGCUUGUCGGAGGGGUCGCGGGGGCAUCCCUCGCGGAGGAGGGCCGACGAAGAGGCCCUCAAACCCGGUUCUCUAGUCAGGCGCCCACCGGCGACGUCGAAAUGCUACUCAGGACCUUGGCCCACGCUCCUGGCCGCCGCUUGCGGCCUUGGGCUUUUGCUCUGCGGUGCUGGGAUGGGCGGCCGGUCGGAGUGGCACCCGCCUAUCCGAUCUUCUGGUGGGAGAUGGAAUCACGUUGCGGCAGCCCCUGUCCCCCCGACGCUUGA